ACCUUAUAUAAACCCAAGGUUAUGUUUCUGUUUCAUUCAAAACAAGGACAAAAGCAAAGGAGAACCUUUCUAGAUAGGGUAAGCAAUGAGGCUACCAAGUUUAACCAUCCAAUUUCUCCACCAAAUUCUUCUUGUGUGUCUACUCCACAGACCCAGCUUUGCAGCGAAAAAGUCAUAUGUGGUGUACUUUGGAGCUCACUCACACGGGCCAGAAUUAUCUUCAUCUUUCGUUGACUUCGAUCAAGUGACACAGUCUCACUAUGAGUUUCUGGGAUCUUACUUAGGAAGUUUUAAUAGAGCAAAGGACUCCAUCUUUUACUCAUACACAAGACACAUCAAUGGUUUUGCUGCAACUUUGGAAGAAGAAGUAGCUGCCGAGAUAGCAAUGUUUAAGAACAGAGGAAGAAAGCUACACACUACUCGAUCAUGGGAGUUCAUGGGGCUAGAGCAUGAAGGGGUGAUCCCAUCUAGCUCAAUCUGGAAGAAAGCCAGAUUUGGUGAAGGAGUGAUAAUUGGAAACCUUGAUACAGGUGUUUGGCCUGAAUCGAAUAGCUUUAGUGAAGAAGGAUUGGGACCAAUUCCAUCAAAGUGGAGAGGAAUAUGUGACAAUGGAGUUGAUCAUACUUUUCAAUGCAACAGGAAGCUAAUCGGUGCAAGGUACUUCAACAAGGGUUACGUCUCGGCAGUGGGUCCACUCAACUCCUCCUUUCAAUCCCCACGUGACAAAGAGGGCCAUGGCUCCCAUACUCUCUCCACAGCUGCUGGCAACGCCGUUCCCGGAGUUAGCGUCUUCGGCCAGGGUUUCGGAACAGCCAAGGGUGGCGCGCCCAAAGCCCAUGUGGCGGCGUACAAGGUCUGCUGGCCGCCUGUUGUCCCUGGAGAGUGCUUCGACGCUGAUAUCUUGGCCGCGUUUGACGAGGCCAUCCACGACGGUGUGGACGUCCUGUCACUGUCGCUCGGUGGAUUUUCCUCGAGUCUGCUUGAUGACAGCGUAGCGAUUGGAUCAUUCCAUGCGACGAUGCGAGGAAUCGUUGUGGUUUGUUCCGCCGGAAAUAGUGGGCCUGUGGAUGGCACUGUGAGAAAUCUUGCACCCUGGCAUGUUACGGUUGCCGCUAGCACCAUGGAUAGAGAAUUCCCAGCUUACGUUGUCCUCGGUGAUAAUAUCAUCUUGAAGGGUGAAAGCUUAUCAGCUGCAAGAUUGGCACACAAGUUGUACCCAAUUAUUAAAGCUUCAGAUGCUAAAUUGGCCAGUGCAAGAACAGAAGAUGCGGUGCUGUGCCAGAAUGGAACCUUGGAUCCCAACAAGGUGAAGGGAAAGAUCGUGGUAUGUCUCCGAGGGAUAAAUGCGAGAGUGGACAAAGGAGAGCAAGUUUUACUAGCUGGUGCCCUGGGAAUGGUCCUCGCUAAUGACAAGGCCCAUGGCAAUGAAAUUAUAGCUGAUCCUCAUGUCCUUCCUGCUUCUCAUAUCAAUUUCGAUGAUGGUAUUUCUGUCUUCAAUUACAUCAACUCAACCACUUUUCCCAAUAUUCAGCCUGAUGUCACCGCACCGGGAGUGUCAGUUAUAGCAGCCUAUACUGAAGCCCAAGGACCAACCAAUCAAGUGUUUGAUAAGCGUCGGAUUCCGUAUAAUUCUGUCUCAGGAACAUCGAUGUCGUGCCCUCAUGUUUCAGGCAUUGUGGCACUGUUGAGAGCCUCGUAUCCUUCCUGGAGUCCUGCUGCUAUUAAAUCAGCAAUCAUGACCACAGCCACAACACUCGAUAAUGACGGGGAGCUUCUGCUGAAUGCUAGUGAUGGCAUGGCAACACCAUUCGGUUACGGGGCAGGACAUGUUCAACCAAACAUAGCAAUGGAUCCUGGGUUAGUUUAUGACACAACAAUUGGUGAUUACUUAAACUUCUUAUGUGCUUUAGGAUACAACGAGACACAAAUCUCAGUGUUCACAGAAGGUUCACCAUACGUGUGCCGCAAGAAAUUUAGUCUCCUCAACCUGAACUAUCCCUCGAUCACAGUUCCAAAUCUCUCUGGGUCAGUGACAGUUACGAGGACAUUGAAAAAUGUUGGUUCUCCAAGCACGUACAUUGCUCACGUUCAAAACCCGGAUGGAAUCACUGUUUCUGUGAAGCCAAGCAUCUUGAAGUUCACAAAUGUUGGUGAAGAAAAACGCUUUAAAGUAACCUUUAAGGUCAUGAAAGGAAAGGCUACCAAUAACUACGUGUUUGGAAAACUGAUAUGGUCAGAUGGCAGGCAUUAUGUCAGGAGUCCAAUAGUUGUGAAGGCCCUCACGAGUAGAAAUUGAAGUAGUUGAUGCAAAUGAGCUCAAAAUUCGCACUGCUAAAUUACUGGUAGAGUUUUCCGAAUUGUAUUAUAUAUGUUUUAAAUUUGUUCUUAUUGUGAUCUCAUACCAUUGAUCAAGAAACCCUCAAGUGGCUUUCUUUGAGCAUAUAUUUUAAUAGUACUAUUAGUAUGAUUCC